AUGGCUGGGAUGGCUGAAGGCUAUGCACACAUGGCUAUGCUGAUGGUCAAGUGGUUGGACAUGGUGGACGAUGAGCCCUCCACAAAUCAUGAUGAGUUCUUUUACCUGAAGGAGUUUGCGAAAUCCAAGUUCGAGCCCGACAAGUUCAUUAGCGUGUUUGGGUCUCAAUCAACUCGCUCCCAAGGGCUGGCUUGGUUGGAUGGGUUGCUGUCGGACCCGCGAGGCCGCAAGCUCAUUUAUGAGCUUUCGGCGUCGCAUCGCAACAGCCUGCUGCUCAACUUUGCGAUCCAAAAGAUCAUGAAGAUGGGCUACCAGGACGAGGUGGCCGCUGCAGGUUCGGGCCUGGCUUCCUACUUCUCCGUCUUUCACAAGCUCUUGGAGAACAAGGUAGCGGCGCUGCUGGCGGUGGUGCGGCGGGUCGUGGAGGCGGAGGCCGCUGCCGCUGCCUCCCCUGGCUCGGGCGGCUCUAAGGCGCUGGAGACCGCUUGUGCGCAGGCGAAACGGGAGGUGGCCGCCUUGGUGAAGGAGCUCCGCGACAGCUGCGAACAGAGCCAGCACACGUACCUACAUCACAUUCUGCACUACCUGGGCUGCCAGACGGGCGGCGAGGCACUGCUGGCGGCGGCCCAGCAGCUGGAGGCGGAGGUGGCGGCGAGCGGCCCGUCACUGCCGGUGUGGAACAUGCAGUUCGGCGGCACAGGCAUCUUCAACCCCAGCCGCGGCCCCCCUGGGGACCUCCUCACUGCAUGCGGGGACCUGCUGGCGAGGGCUACCUGCGUCCGACCCGAGACCCCACUACCCGUCAAGACUGCCGCAGGGGCAGAGUCCACACCGCCGGCACACCAACAGUGCGGAGGGGGGUCACACAGACCGUGCUCCGGGGAUCCCGAUCUGUACCGGAUGCCGGUGGUAGCCUACGGCCUCCUGCACGCCGUGUCGUGUCAGCUGGGCUCCCCCGCCUUCUACGAUGACGCCGUGGCGGCUGCAGCGGCGGUGCCGUCCCUGCUGCGGAUAUCUCUCUGGGUGGCGGAGUGGCAGCCGCACCUCACGCCCCGGGUAAUAGGCAAAGGGGAGGAGGGUUUUGCGGCCCCGGUUCUCUCCUCGUGGUCCGUGGCGCUGACUGAGCUGCACCGUGCGGGUCUGGGGGAGCUCUGUCGCCUCAUGCUGGACGGGUGUGUGGCGCUCAUGAAGCUGCAGGCGGUUGCUGCUGCAGGGCCCGGGGGCGGCGGCGGCGGCGGCGGCAGCAGCAGCAGCACAGCCGGGCGGUCGGGCAAUGGUCCCGGCAAUGGUCCCGGCAAUGCAGUGCGGGCGGUGGUGGACCUGGUGGAGGCGUGGAGCCGUCAGGGGGCUGCAGACCCGAUGCUGCUGAGGUACUUCGUGCUCCAGGUUCUGGGUUUUGCGAGUCCGCCCUAUUCACCGGACUUUUGCAGCGCGCUGCUGCGGCUGCUCCUGGCGGCCGGUGUCCGUGCUAGCAACGUGCGCAACGAGGCGGCGGCGGCGCUCCUUCGUGAGUUCGCAGCGGCGGCGGAGGGCCUUCUCAGCUCGGGCAGCUUCAACCCACCGCUGACGGCUCGGGAGCAGCAUUUGCUUGCGGAGCUGGCGGCGGCGGGUGGCGGGGCAGGGACGGGAGGCGCGGCGGGGGCGGCGCCUGGGCAGCAGCGGGCAGUCUCACCGGAACUUUCGGAGUACGGAACACCCGCGGACCCAGGGUACGAGGACACCCGCGGACCCAGGGUCCAUCCGUUGUACCCGUUGCAGAAAUUCAUCAUCGCUGGUCAGGAACGCAAGAAGAGCAACCACACGGCUGCAACUGAGGGCCAGGCCAACGUUAUGGAGACGCAGCAGGAGCCCCUCGGCCAGAAGAGCAGCCGCCAGGAUGGGGAUGAGGGAGAUGAUGGGGACUACAGCGGGGAGGACGAGGGCGAGGGCAGGGAGGACGAGGGCGAGGGCGGGGAGGACGAGGGCGAGGGCGAGUGCGCGGAGGAUGAGGGCGGGGAGGAUGAGGGUGGGGAGGACGGGGACUGGCCGUACGAGAGCGGGGAUUACAUGGGCGGGGAGGACGAGGACUGGGAGGACAAGGGAGGGGAGGAUGAGGGAGGGGAGGACGAGGGAGGGGAGGAGGACGAGGGGACGGGGGGCAAAGUCCUGCUCGAGGAGUACGGCAGAAGCAAGAGCCAGAAGGUCCACAGCAAGUCCGCGCCUCAACCAACUGGGCGCCGCAAGGUCCUGGUGACCGGAAAACAUGACAAAGCUAGACGGGAAGAUCUCAUUGAUGCGGGUCUGGCGCCUGGCGUGGUGGUGCUGCAACUGCUGCCCCGCCACCGGGUCCCAGCUUUGCACCUGGACGACAGCGGCCGGUUACUCAUGUGUCUGCACCUUGUGGGCACGACAGGCUACUCUUGUACAGGCCCGCCUGCUUGCAAGCUGCGGCUCCGGCAAGAUGUGCAGAACACGGACCUGUACUUCUUCGAGCCCAUGGACACCAGCAGCGCUGCAGCUAGCGCUGCAAGUCCGGGCGUGAGCAGCGGCAGCUUCUUCCUGGACCCCGAGGGCAAGCAGAAAGCUGAGCUAGAGGACUGGCUUGGCCUGGCCAUGGACUUGCACGGCAAGGGCAAACCCAUCUUGCCGUUGUUUGUCAACGGUCAUGUCAAGAGUGGCAAGUCCUACCUGCUCAACGAGGUCCUUCCUGCUGUGGCCAACGCCUAUUACUGCAGCGGCGGCAGCGGCCGGCAGCACGCUGGCGCGGAGCUUGCGGAGCCCAACUUCCUGCACGUGAACUGCUUGGACUGCGACCGCAGCAGCGGCAGCGGUGGCUUCCUGAAGGAACUCCUCAUCAAGCUCAAGCGGAGCGCAGCUGACCAGCGGCUCUAUGCUGCCGCCAGCACGCCUGUGCCCAGCGACCACUCCGCGGGCACCAUGGCGGACGCCAUUCAGGACUUCAUGCGGCGCCUGCCACGGGACCGUCUGAACUUCCUGCUGGUCGACGAGGCGCAGAGCUUCUACCUGAUGGUGCAGCCGGCCGUGUUCGGUGAUGGUGCGCUGCGUGGCCCAACCCUGGACAUCCAGGCGGUGCUGCACAUGCGGCGCCCCCACUGGGUCGCCUGGGCCGUCACAGGCAGCUCCAUGGCGACGCUGUGGGCCAACGUCGCUGCCACCACGACCAACGGCUUCUCCCUGAUCAUGCACCACCGCCGACUCAACCUGAGCCCCACGAUGCCCCUGGAAGCACUGCAAGUCGCCUGGGCGCAGCUCAAGGCCCAGGCCAAAACCUGGGAUCCGGUCCGGCCACUGCCAGAAGACCUGGCCUGGCAGUCGCCGCUGCAGGUCGCCAUGCUGGCCUACCUGUGCCAGGAGUGGAGGUACAGCCGCACAACUGGCACAGCCGAGGAGCUGGUGGAGCAGACCAUGAUGCAAAAGCUCAUUCCCGAGGUGCUGGAGGACCUGUGCAUGGUGCUGCAAGUGCUGGGCCAGCCUGCGUCACAGUUGCUACUCCUGUGGGAGCUGCUGGACCCGGUGGCUGGAGUGGAGUCCGCCAAGCUCCCAUCAGCGUUCAAGGUGCUGCUGGGCAGCUUCACUACCACGCGUGAUGAUGGCACGCUCUUCCUGGACUACCCACUGCUUGCUCAGGUGCUCCAGGCGGUCACCACGGAGUCUGGGGAGCUGCUGGACUCCAUCACCGCCAUUGAGUCAAUCAGCACCAAGAUGUUCAGGGAGCUGGUUGUGCUCGGCGAGUGCUGCAGGUCGGGAUCAUUCGACAGCCUUGAGGACCUGCACGGCCUCCUGCGAGAAAUGGAAACUGCACUCGCGCUCAAGCCGGACGCGCUGCUGGGGACGGACUGGUUUACGCAGGCCCUGGACCACCGCUGCAACAGCCGCGGCAGCAAGGCCAACUUCGAGGAGGUGCACCAGGCACAAGCUACCAGGGAUGCCAAGGUUGGGCUGCGCUGGUUCCACGUGCUGCUGCGCAACGUCCUCUGCCAUGGCUAUAUCUCGGAGCAGCGGCAGGCCCUGCAGGCCUACCCGCCGCAGCUGGCCACGCUCCACAGCAGUGGCCGUGUCGGCAAGGUGCUGACCAAAACAUACGACAGCCCACCACCCGCACGCAGCAAGGCCCCGGUCGUGUCGGCUGCAGCAUCACCCAGGGCGCAGUUGCAGCCGCCUGGUGCAGGGCCCGCCGUGCGCCCCAUUGUUUCGCUGCAUUUGGGCAAGCGGCUGGGGCGUGCUGCUGGCGCCACCGUCAUUCCGCGGCAUUAUGUGGCCAUCACCCGCAUGUCCCGGGCUCUGGACGAAAUGGUCAUCACGGGCGUCCCCACCACCACCUCCUUCCACAAGCUCAUUCUGCAGACCGAGGCGUUCAAGCGAGGAAAGGUCGAUACUGGCUUCAACGUGAAGCACGUCGACGAGCUGAAGGAGAAGCCCCAGACCCCAUGGGUGCUGGCUCCACAGGGUAUAAUUCGUCCUUGCAAAAACUCGUCUGACAAGCAUCCGUGCUGCGGUUGCAAGCAUGGCCAUGGCGCAGGGCCAUCGUUGCUGGACGCCACCCUUCAGCCCGACGGCACCGUCCGCAUCAUCGAGCUGGAUGAUCGGGCUCUAAAGCGACGGCGACGUCUGGUCACGCGCACCUGGUGCAAGGCAGCGCGGCACGCUGCGGGCGCGUCACCCCUCAGCGGCGAUCAUUACCUGUGCGAUGAGCAUCUCAACCUUCUCUUCGUUCAGUCGCAAUACCUGCGGCUGCCCCUCAAGGUGCGGGAUGUACGUGUGGGAGCUGCUGCUGCUGCUGCUGGCACCAGCGCUGGUUCUGGCACCAGACCUGGCUGGCUGGGGCUGCUCCCCCGUCUUACUGAUACUCAAGUAGAGGAGCUCCGAACCAGCCUGGCGCCCAUGAUGGAGAUGCUGCUGUAUCCGCCAGGGCUAACCGAACAGGAGCUGGCGGAUGUGCGUUUCGGUAACGAAGUGCCGGUGAUGCGAGCAGGUGAGGAGGAGGAAGAGGGGGAGGAGGAGGAGGAGGAGGAGGAAGGAGAUGGCGAGGACGAGGAUAUGGACGGCCGUGGCCAUGGCGGCAAGGCGACGGAAAUAGAGGAGCAGGCGGGCAGAGACUGGAGCAGGGGUGGCAACGGUGGCAGCUGUAGCAGCAGCAGCGGCAGAUCUCAGAGAAAACUGGUCUGCUUACCACUCCGCGGACGCAACUGGUGCUUCGAAUGCGGCUGCAACCCCGCUGUCUACAUUUUCAAAUUUCGAAACGACUUGGCCUCGGAUCGGGUCCUUUGCCCAACAUGCUGGGUGGCCCUGCGGGAUUCUCGAGCUCGGACGGCGGCACAGCAGCAGCACCACCACCGCCAGCAUGCGGGUGUGGAUCCAGCCUCCCUGGCGCUGUUCUGCUGUCUACGCGAGGAGAUGCUGCUGCGGCUUCAAGUCAUGUUUCCUAGGUGCUCAGCUACUGCCGCCGCUGCAGCAGCAGCAGCUGCGGCGGCGGCAUCGGAGCAGCAAGCUGUGGACACUGGUGUUGGUGAUGCGGGAGAGCGGAAGCACAUCAUUGCGGAUUCACAGCCCGCAUCACAGUCGACUACGCCGGAGCAGCAACAGCUGCGGCAGGAGCAGCAGCAGCAGCAAUGUUCGCCGCCGCCGCUGCAACACCGGCGGCCUGAGGAACCACACCAGCGGCAGCAGCGACAGAGGCUGGUUGACUUGCCGGCGCCAGCCGCGCCGGCGCAGUUGCCAGUGCCAAUGUCGGCUCAACAGCCGCAGUGCCAGUUGUUACAGCUGGUGCCGCCAGGCCUUGAGAUCCCGAGUCCCGAGCUGCAGCAGCAGCAGCAGCAGCACGAACUGGGACCGCCACGGCACGCGCAGCUUCACUUGUCGCCACCGCCGCCGCCGCCGCCAUCGCUGCAGCAGCCAGAGCAGCGGCUGCAACAACAGCCUCCAGCUUUGCAACAGCAGCAGCGGCCCGUGGUGCGUCCCGAACUGGGAGCUACCGUUCGACUGGGUGGCGCAGCUAGCGAUCAAGAAACGGCGCAGAUGCGAUUCCCUAUGUCGCCGCAGGGGUACCAGCCCCUGCAGCAGCAGCAGCAGCAGCAGCAGCCGCCAUGGGUGCAGGUGCUGGCCUCACACCAGCCGCCUCAAGCCCCGCUGUCGGCACCUCGGGGGCCCUCGCAGCUGCGGCGUCCGGAGCAACCGCAGCCGGACCCGCUUCCGGGUGGUCGACGGGAUCUGGGGUCGAUCUCCGCGGCUGCUGUGGAGCUGUACCAGCGGCCCCGCGGGGUCUUCCAAAUGGCGCAACAUUUGGCAACGCAUGCGUCACCAAAACAGCAGCAACAGCAGCCUCUGCAGCUGCAACAGCUGCGGCCGCAACAACCGCCCUCGUCGUCUUUGCUCUCGAUGCCGCCACGACCACCACCACAGCAACAGCAGCAGCCGCUGCAGCACCAGGUAGCGCACCAGCACCAGCAACAGCACCCGUCGCAAUCACAACCGCAGCCGCAGCCAUGGCAGCAACAUGUUCCCUCACAUCAACAGCACCAGCAGCAGCCACCACCCCAAGAGCAGGUAUCCCAGCACCAGCACCGGCCAUGGCAGCAACAGUUGUCGUCAUAUCAACUCCAACAUCAACACCACCAACGUCAGCAACAGCAGCAACAGUCCUCUGUCCCGCGAACUCUAAUACAGGCCGGGGAUUCGCCGCCUUCAUCUUUUGGCUGGUUUGGCGACCUGAGCCGUUCCUUCGACCCAACAGAGCGCAGCGACGGAAGAGGCGCCGCCGCCACAUCCCUCACCUGGAGCGCGGCAUCUUUCCAACGAAGAAGCGACUCCCGCAAUAUGGACUGUACGAACGGCGGUGGUGGCGGCGGAAGCAAUGGCUUGGAUGGCGGCUGGAGCGCCGACGGCACGGUUCAAGAUGUCCGAAUGUACGGCAGGCCGUCAGCGAUCUCCCAGUGUGGCGACGAGGCCGUGCUGUCUGUCCCGGAGCCGACGGAAUUGCCCACGGGCGUACGGACGUACGGCAUCCGGGGAACACGUUCCUGGUCGGCAGCGGAUCUUCCGUCUCGGCCGAUGGCGACGGCGAUGGGCACGGCAAGCGAGCUGCAGCGCUCUGCGCCUUGGCCAGCUAGAGAUGAUGGGCGACAUACGAAUGUACGGGAAGAGAACUGGGACUUAUGUACGGCAGGGGCGGCUGGGUUGAGACCGCAAGUCGAUGGCGUUCAGAGGAUCUGCGGUGGCCUCGUCUGUACGGAGCUCCACCGUGUGACCGGCGGCAGCGGCGGUGGCGGCGGCGGUACUGCGGCGGCGCCGCGUCAGAUGCUGGCGCCGUUGGCGGCGGUUGGCAGGUCUGCAGCAGCAGCCGUUGGCCCGGCGGCGAACGGCUCCACUGAGGUUGCGCGAGCGGGAGGUUGUGAGGUAGGUGUGCAUGGCAGUGACGGCGGCGGCGAUGGGGGCGGCGGUGGCGGACAUGCUCAACGGCAUUCCUCGGUAACUGCCGUUCCCGGUCCGGUGUCUGCGACGAAGACUGUAGCAGCAGCGACGGCGACGGCGACAGCAACAACAGCCGUAGGAACGGCUCCCGUCACAGGAGCGUCACCUGCGCCAGUCGCCAGCGUUCCCGCCCCGCCGCCGACGCCGCCACGCAAUGAGCUGUUCCCAAGUUGCUCCCGACCGGAGCUUAGCACGUCGCGGUACAACACCCAUAUCCAUCUGCCCGGACAGCACAUGGCUGCGAAGCUAGGCCUGCCGCCGCCGCCGCGCACGCCGGACUCAGCCGGGCGGCGGGAAUGGUACGACGCCUCAGCAGUAGCGCAGGACGUGCCGUACUUUGGCGGCGCGUUGGCGCGCUGUGCACCGCACCUGGGACCGGUGGCGCUGCGUGCCGGUGGCGGCGGAGCCGCCACCUCCGCUGCCGCUGCAGCCGGCAGGGGCGGCGCGGGGGCGGCGACGCGGAUCCGUGAGGAGGACUGCUUCUACCUCAUCCGGAAGGAAGCCAUGCUGCGGCUUCCAGAGCAGAAACGGAGGCAGCUGUUGGAGCUGGCACGGGAUCAUAACGCCCGCGGCGGUCCAGUGCUGUUUUGCGGGCCGCUGGGGCUGGUCCACGACCCCACAGACAUGCUUAGCGAUAUCCUCGAAGCGACUCAGGAGUGCGAGAGGGCCAUGCGGGAUGCCAAGCCGCGGCGCGGUGGCAGCGGCGGCGACGGCGGCGAUGGCGAUGGCGAUGCGCAUUUAGAAGGUCCUUUUCCGUGGUCCGCGGGUGGGUAUGAGUGGAAGAGGUUAAGUCCGACGGGGCGCGGAAUGGAUGAUGCCUCAGCGGCGGAUGCCGCCGCCGCCCCGCCAGCGGCGCCGCCAACGGGCACUGCGUCGUGCAGCGCUGCUGGCGCAGCAGCAGUGGCAGGUGUGAGUUCCAGAGGAAGUGGAGCUCAAGGGCACAGCGGUGGGGUCGGCGGCGGCGUGCCGCCGCCGCCGCCGCCGCCGCUGCGUGACCACUUCUACGGUCCCGUGCACUUGUGUGCCAUGGACAUGGCGCACAGGUACGAGCAUAAACUGGGUUCGACGCCAGUGUCGGCAGCAUUCCGUCCCUUUCUGGGCAAACACUCCCCCGAGGAGGAAGUUGAUCACGCGCACCCCGUCAACCCUGCGAAGCUUCUAUCGUACAUGCGGCACAUGUUAGAUGCUUAUGGGGUAUUGAGCGACCCACGGGUCAUUCAGGUGCGGGAACAGUGCGUUGCGAUGCAGUCAUGGGCAGCAAUGCGCGGGCAAGAUGCGGCAAUGGCCGCCUCCGCCUCCGCCUCUGACGACGAUGAUGCAUCUGCAGCCGCAACCACUGACCCUGCGGAGCGCCUGGCGAAGCUCCGCCUCCGAAACCGGGAUCCGCAUGAGGCAUGUAUCGCCGCCCUGAAAGCUGCAGUCGCGGCUGCGCCUGCUAAACGUUCGGCCGCUGCAGCGGAGCUGCCAUUGCCACCACGCGGAUCCAGGGCUGCUGCAAAGCGCGCCGCACCGUGUCCCCAGGCUUCCCGUCGAACCUUGUCACGCGCUGGCCGCGGUGGCGGCGGCAACGCUGCCAACAGUAGUGAUUACGAUCUGGAAGAUGACGUCAUGGAUGGCGCCGCCGCCGCCGCCGCUGCUGCUGCUGCCGCCGCCGCCGCCGCCGCCGCGGCUAGCGCGGAGGAUGGCGGCGUCCUCGUGGUUGGUGGAGCUCAGGUUCCCGUGGGGCUCAAGGUGCCCGUGUACCCCUUGACGGCGGAUGACACGCUGUUCAUGACCAGCGGCGAUUUGAUGCGGCUCGCGCACCGGACGCUGGUGCUGCACGCGCCGUUGUGGCUGCGGGACAUCCUGCACGAGCGCCACAACGACGCGCUCGACUUUGGGACGUGCCGGGCCCCGAGGCCAACGGAUGGCGGGCUGGGCGUCUUUGCCCAUUUCGCGAACAUGCUCCGACGGCCCCUGCUGGCUCUCGAACUGGCGACCUUUGCCCACGUGGACCGCUCGCAGCCAGCCACCCUCAUGUCCUUCGCCACGCCCUUUGCCGUACCGGCGGACCUCGACGCCGCGCUGAGCCGCCUUCAGAAAGGCCUUGGAGAGCGCAAACAUGCGCUGUGGAUGCAGGUGCGCAACCUGACGGAUCAAUGGAGGUGGCAGCACCCGGCGGCAGCCGCGAAGCGGCCACCAGUGGCGGCGGCCGCUGCGCCCUCCGGCGGCGAUACCCAGCCGCUGCUCAACGCCAGCCCCGACCGCACCCCCCGACGCGGCUCCGUUUGGGUCGUCGUACCCGGCUGCCGACUACACCAGCUGGCGCAGGCGUUGAACAAGAGUGCUAAGCGUGGUUGGCCCCGAAACCACAGCGGUUUUUUCUCCGUCAAGUAUGGACGUGAUUUGGACGCGCUGGUGACGAUGUGCUGGCGGUACGGCGUGCCUUUCCACGCCACCUACCACUGCGAGGGUGAUCUGCUGCUGCCCGGCAUGGGGGCCGCCCACGCCGUCAUGCCGUUACACUGCGCCUCCAUGAAAAUCAGCAAGGACUUCUUGACGCCGUCGGGGCCGGCGCUGCGACUUCUCUGGGAGCUGGAUGCCCUACGGCAGGAGCAUCACCUGAUGUGGGCUGCGCGGCGGGCGAAGGAGCAGAAGAUAGACCCGCCGCCGCGUUCAGAUUCCGCGGUUGCCACCGCCGCCGCUGCCGCCGCUGUGGUGCCGCCGCCGCCGCCGAGAGCGAAGGAGCGGGGGCGAGUACGGCUGCGGGAGGAGCCGCAGGUGGAUGUGAUUGAGGGUAUAGCGGAGGAAGGGCCGGCAGCCUCGCUACUGCCGCCGUCACCACCGUUGCCGCCGCCGCAGCAGCAAGAGCACCCGGAGGACGAGGAGGAGGUGAAGGUGGAAGAGCAGGGGGCUGCUCCCCAGUUGCCUGGCCAGGCGGAGGGCCAGGCCGCCGCUGCCAACGCGAUAGGGUUCUUCUGUGCGCUGGGGAUCCGGGAUGCAGCAGCGGCGGCUGUUACCGAUGUGGUGGUGACGGAGGCGACGGGUGCAGCGGAUGUAGCUGUAGCGUCGCCGGUGGCGGCCAUGGUUGAUGUGACUGAGGAGGCUGUGGUGAUGGGGGCGUUACAUGCGCCUACGGCCCCUUGCGCGCCGGAUGGCUUGGCGGGCGGCUGCCCAGUGGAAGUGGCCGUGAGGGGCGAGGGUGGGAUGUCAGGUUUGUGGCCCGGAGACGUGGCGUGUGGUUUUCUGUCGCCGCCAACACCAGCGACUGCCACAGUGGUGCUGGCGCAGGAGGAGACGAAGAAGCAGGCGCUGCUGCGGGCGGCUGCCCGGAGCCACGCCAGAGCCUUUACGGCAGUAGCAGCUGCAGAUGCCGGCACUACAGCAGUAGCAGCACAAGCACCACGACCACCACCAUCAGCGGCGGCGAUAGAUCACGGAGAUGUACGACAGCAGCAGCAGCAGCGGACAUUGCAGGCGAUUCCGGAAGCGCUGUUGAAGGAGGUGCAGCAGCAGCAGCAGCAGCAACAGCACUGCGCGCGUCCCACAUCGUCGACCUUCAAACCCAUUCUGGCAGAGCUGGGUCUGAUCACUUAUAUGGCUGAAGAUGAGGAGAACCAGGAUGAGAAGGGGGUGAAGGAGGGGGUGGAGAGCGACGGGAAGGGUAUUAGGGGCCGGGAGUUGGGAAGAGAGGGUGUGCGUGAGGACAGCCGUGGAGCCAGUGGCCAGUGCUGCGAAGGGAGACGGCAGUUGCAGCGGGCCCACUGUCAGGCCGCUGUUGGUGCUACAGUUUACACUAGCAGACAGGCCGACUGUAGUAGUGUUGAGCCGGGGACCGGCUCCGACGCACAGCUACCGCCGUUGCCGUUGCGCUCGUUGCCACCCGCGGAGGUGCCGGAUAGCGGUGUGGUGGAGGGCGAUGGGGCUGCUACGACUUUGUAUGGCAAUGGUUCUUGCGGCGGCGGCGGUGGUACGACGACGCUUGGCGUUGCGACGACGGAGCCGGCUGUCUGCGGCAAGGCAUCCGCCGCUGCCGCUGCCACUGCCUGUGCUGGCGUUGCCCGUGAUGACGGCGCGGGAGCUGGAACCGUAGCGGCGCCGACCGUUGCUAUUGCUGCUGCUGCUGCUGGCGCUACCAAAACCUGCCGUUGCGCUGCGUCGAUGGCGGGGCUGUCUGCGGCGGAGGGCGUUCACGGUACCGUGCAGUGUACGAGCUGCAGGGAGGAAGACAAUGGAGGUAACGUGCGGCCCAGUAGUUCCAAGCCGACGGAGGCCAGCGGGCCUUGGUUGUCUGACGGCACAGCAAACAUCGUCACGUCCGCUUUUGCCGUCGCGACGCUCUUGACGGUGGCGACAGCGCGUAUGGCGCCUGGACUCAGCAGCAGUCCGGAGCCAGGAGGUACAAUGUCGGCUGCCAGUGAUGGAUACGGCGACGGCGGCGGAGGCGGAGGCGGAGGCGGAGGGGGCAAUGGUGCGGUGGCGGCGGCUGCUGCGGCAGACGGCGGCGAGCUUAGCGGUGUAUGCAGUGCGGAUGGUGGUCGUGGUGGCUGUGGGGAAGCUGCCGGCGGUAAGGCAGGCUGUGCCGACGGAUUCGCCGCGGCUGCCGCCGCUGUCGGCGUUGAAGGAUCUGUCGCCGCUGCCGACGUGGACGCUGACGUGGCCGGGGAGGUUGCCCCAGCCGUCGUCGUCCCGCUGGCCUCCCCCGCUACCCACAUUACGGUGUCCGGCACAGGGCCAGGGGACAUGACCGAGUACGGCUCCGAGGAGGGGCUCCGGAACCAGGGUCAACAGCAGCAGCAGCGGCAGCAGCAUCAGAGGGCUCUGGGUGUGGAUUCGGAGAUUGGCACCGCCGUCGUUGCUGACGGCGAGGCACCGCGGGUGCAGCCGUGUACGGCGGCGGAGGUGCCGCCACCUCACCUGAAGCAGCUACUCAUCAAGGAAACCGUGGAUGCUAUCGCCGCUCUCCUGCCGCCACAGCCCUGCAUUCGAGUGCAGGCCGCGGCGCUCCUGAGCAAUCUGGCCCUGGUCCACCGAGCCCGCGCAGCAGCAAAAGAGGCUCUUGCGCGCGCCAUGGUCAAUAGACAUCAGCACAUGAUGUAUCCGCACCUGGAGGAGCGCGGCACAAUGUCGCGUCUAGCGCUGUUGCUACAGCUGACGCCGCCGUUACCGCCGCUGGCGGCGGCCGUAAACCGCACGCCAGCGACGCGUUCACUUUCGGACGCCCUGUCUCCGCAGAUGCCGGCAGCCGAGGUUCUGCAGCCGGACAGCUCCGUAUGCGCAUGUCCGGUCAGGGAGGAGCCCGAGCACGCAGCGCAGUUGAUGAUUUCACUUCCAAAUCAGCCGCAGCCGCCGCCGCCGCCGCCGCAGCAGCAGCAGCAGCAGCGCCAGCCGGCGGUACUGCGCCAGCAGCCCAAGUUGCCGACUGUUGAGGAUCAGGCUGCGCGGACGGCACGUAGGAAUGCGCCAGCGGCGGGGGGCGCUUUCACUGCAGGCCUUCCGGGCCCUCACCGCGAUGCAGACGCUGAUCUGGGCCUGGGCCUUGGCGUGGACCAGGCGCCACCACGCCGUACGACUCGCGGCAGCAAGCAGCGCUUAGUGAAGGAACAACAUGCGGCGGCAGCGCAGGAGCGACAAGCGACGGGCCAGGACCAGCCGCGCAAGCAGCAGCAACAGCAGCAGCAGCCUUUUGGCGGUACAGUGGCGAGGGCUGCCUCCGCGGCGGCGGCACAGGCAGGCGGCGGCGGCGGCGGUGUCGUUGCCACCACCGACCAUGGCGGCGGUGAUGUCUUGGAGGACCUGCCUCUUACCAUGCCCUUUGCUCUCGGGUCGGGAGGUGCCGGACGGAGAGCGAAAGGCGCAUCGGCAGCCGCUGUGAAGCGGGGGAAGAAGGGGCCAGGAUCUGCUGCUGGCGGCGCGGCGGCAGGAUUCCGGAUGCAGGGGGCCCAGCGGGGCGCCGCUUUGGGGCCGGUGCUGCCGCCGGAAGCCGAGCAGCGCAAGCGGGGACCGCUGGAACCCGCCGGCGGAGCCGCAAAGAAGGCAUGUGGCGGCGGCGGCGGCGGUUGCGGCACGGCUGUAGGGCCAUUAAAGGUGGCCGCGGCGGCGGCAGCGAAACCGCGGGCUGAGAAAGCGGACCGCGGACCGCAUGUGGGAGCGGCGGCGGCUGCAACAAUGGGGAUGGGUGCCCUGGGCGUGCCGACGUCGGAGAACGGUGUGGCGUUGGGCAAUGCCCGUGAUGCGUUCCUCACGCAGUCUAUCCUGCAACCUGUUUUUCAUGCCGGUCCCCGCCCAAAUUUCAUACCACAAGCAGGCAUCGCGCACCUGGCUCCGCCGAUCCUGGUGCCGCCGGCUUGGCACAGCAGCUCCCCUAGCCCAGCGAUGAGCACCUUCGCAGCGGAGCGCACCGGCGCGUACACCUCCUCCACCGCGACCUGGGCUGCACCUCCCCGUAUCCAUGGCCCCCCUCGUCCCCUGUCGGCCACCACGCCCACUUACCGAGCUGAGCAUGAUGUGAGCUCCGUGUCCACUCUCUGGUCAACGCUGCGGAGCCCUGGAGAGGACUUAUCGGUCUUCGAGGCGCUACCCGCUGGCACUGCACCCGAAAUCACGCGCAACCACGUCAUUGUUUACAAGAACGCACAGCACAGCGAUGUGGACGCACCCAGCACUUCAGAAGAUGCCAGAAAGUGGCGCAAGCUCUGUGAAACGGCCGGACCAGAGCCGCAGCCAGGGGAGCUCCUACAGCUCGCGGACCUGCUGUAUAAGGCGGAGGUCGUGCUCGUCGAUGAGCUGAAUUCGCUGCUGGCCGAGGCUGGGCUGCGGACGAUCGACCAUGUCGCCGAAGCAGUCCGAAAACUGGGCGACAAGUACAUCAGCUUCGCGGAGAAGGACGAACUCACCACCAUUCUGGUUGCGGCCUUCUCGCGGCUGACGGGCUCAGCCGACGACGCGAAGGCUGCCAUCGCGCAGUGGCCGGAGGUGAUGGACUGGCACCGCCGCCGCGUGGCUUUUGCGCACCCGCUGGGCAACAAGACCAUCGACAAGAGCAAAUUGGGCAAGUUAAAGGCCCAGGUCGCGGUGGAGGAGGUGUACACGCCGCAGAGCGCGUCACCGAGCUGUGAGGGCAAGGCUGAGCUGUGGAGGCCGGAGACGUUUAAGGGCAGGCAUGCACUGCCUGCCUCUUCAUGCUGCUUGACUUCUUGCUGGCCUGCCCAGGGCUGGCGGUGGUGUGGCCGUUUUUUGCUUGUGGAGCUUAAAACAGCCCGUCAUCAGAGCCGGCAGAUGGCAAACGGGGACUGGCAGCAUCAUGGCUACGGAGGACUGCCUGCCUGAUAAGCGAGGCCAGGGGUGUGCGGCAUCUAGAUAGGCUAGAGUGAUUGGACGAGAUUUAAGGAGCCGUUUGUACGCAAGGAGGCCGUAAAGGUGCGCUGCAGUGGCAGCAUGCUGCAUUGAGAGCAGCAAUUGUGCAACGGUCUUGUAUGUAGCACCAGUGCUAGUGCAGGUCGAGAUUGAGCCAGCAACUGCAGACUACCGUAAUGACUUAUCGGUCAGCUUUGAUGGCGGGUUCGGUGUGUUGCGUGCUUGCUACUGCAGUAUGGGCAUGUCAUAUUGCAUGCUAUGUUGCAAUAUUGAGCAUCUGGACCUCCUAUCUGGUCCCCAUACGGGUCCUUCAGCCAGGACCAGUGCGUGCCUCGGCACAAGAUUUUGGGACGCUUUCAGGGUUUGGCCUUGCAGCUUGAGCCUGGAUGUGCCCCUGGGAAGAAGUUUGCGUCUCCUGACGCUUUACUGCGCGGACUUCAGCAUGGUGUGUCUGGUCUUGUGAUGUUAGGCGUGGCUUUGGCGGACGUUUGCCUAGCUGUGCACGACUGGGUGUUGGGUCGGUAACCCAACAGGGAACAGCUGUUUCCGUGUAACCAAAGACCAUGUGCACAUUGUCACGUUUUUGUAAUCCGCAGGUAGACAG